UUUCUUCUCGAAUAAAUAAUAUUCACAUCCUUCUCGAGUCACUAUAAAAAUUUCAUUUGAACUUACGAGAGCUCCAGCAGUCAGCGAUAUUCCCUUGUUAUUUAGUCGCGCAUUCAUAAACUCGCAUUCGGAGAUUUUCCUGCUUGACUUGGAAACGAUCAGUCGCGCGGUCACUAAUGCGAAAAAGAUUGGCGAUAAUUAGCAUUUUAAUUUGCAGCAGUAAUUUCUCCAUAUUACUUUCUAUACUCGCUCUCCAAACAUCUGCAAAUAAAUACCGUAUUUCAUGUUAUUAAGAGCAUACGCGGAGAUAUAUAUAUAUAUAUAUAUGUAAAUGAAAUCUCUUGCAAAACACACAAUUGAUAUUGAUCUCUAUAGUAUCAGCUUCACAUAACGCAGCAAUGUGAACCAUUUAUCUCAAGUUGUAAUCCGUACAUUUAGUUGUUCAACAGCAACUUUUAUAAAGUAAAAGUCAACAAUUAGCAUUUUAAUAAUAGCGAUCUAGUAUAUCAUUAACUCUUUAUGAUCUAACGUUGCGAUAUAUUUCACGACAUAACUUUAUUAUUCCGAUUUCUCUGUGUAACCGCCACACGCAAAGUAUUAAAAUAAUAUAUAUAUUACUAUUACAAUAUACACUAUAAUUAUUAAUAUAUGUAAUAUUAUUAAGAGUAUAUUAUAUUGAUAUACUUUUGAUAAUAAUGAUAAUGAUUCAAUGUACAACAAUAAUUGCCGAUUGUUGCAUUGUGCUUUUUACAUGUUUCUUAUGGAAUUGUGUUUAAAUUGAUUCUAUUUUUAUUUUUUAUUGCUAAGGAAGUACUACUAUAAUAUAGUAUAUUUUUCUUAUAGUACUACUAUAAUAUAGGAAGUACUAUUAUAAUAUAUUAUAUUUUCUUGAUUCUAAUCAUAAUUAUAUAUGCUCCAUAGAUAAUUCAUAAUUAUAUCUGCCUCAUAUCUUUUUGUUUUCUCAUCAUUUUUCAAUCAAGAAAUUAAAGUUGAAUGCAGCUUCUCAUCGACAAGGCUCUAUUUAAUUGCCGAGAUCUCUUCUCGAUCUCUUCGUAUUAAACAUACAAUCAUUUUCGAUUACUUCUAAUCUAAGCGUAAAUCACGAGUGGUCGGUAAACAGAUAUUACAGGAUUAAAGCGUGUUUAAAAAAUGUCAAUCAAACAGAAAAAAUCUGUCGUUUAGCCGUAGAAAUACGUCAAUCGCAAAGCGUGCGAGUGUCUGGCGUGGAAAAAAAACAAAGCCGCGCGCACACGGCGCCGCUCGGCUCGUUUUCCACUUUCAUCGACUUCCGUUUUUGCGGACGAGGACACGGCGGCGAGACGCGACACUUCCACUUUGACGAGGAACGCGACAAGGCCGCGAAGGCGCGCCGAUGCGAAGCGGUGACGCUUGAAAUUCGCCUUUAUCGCGAGCGGCGACGCCGCUGCUGGCUUUCACUUUUUCCUGGCGAUACUUGUCGCUGAGUCUUUCGAAGUCUUUCCGCGCGAGAGUCCACGCGUGCGCGCGAUUUCUCGGAGGUAUCGUUUACCUAGGCACGUGUCUAAAGAAUACAAUACUCCGGAUAUAAAGCUCCGGAUGGACGGAGCUUGACACUAUCCGAGACUAACAUGUUUUGUUUUAUUUUAAUUUUAGAUUGCAACACGUUGAUUCUUCUCAAUUGUCGAGUAUCACUUCGGCCAGAUGGAGGGAACGGUGAUCUGUUGACACAAUGAUCGGUGAAAUUGGUUCUACGGAAAAAGUUUUGCCAAGAGAGAUUUAUACGGCAACAACAUCACUGUACGACAUCACGUCACAUUAGUUGCCACUUCAGUUCAUCUUGAUCGCGCAAGAUAUCACCGAGGAAAUGGAACGGAAAAUAAUAAUGACAUGGAGCGAGGGAAACAUUUUAUUAAUUUUUUGCCUUCUCGUCGCGUUAAUUAUCGUCGUGGCAGCAUAUGAUCCGGACGACAAAUCCCUGAAAGAUAUUCUCUUGCCCGAGGGUCAAUUCGAGGCGUUUUACCUGAAAGGUACGCAGGACGAGGAGCAAAACGCCGUGAGACCGCCUCAUCUUCACGGAUCCUUUCAUCAGUAUCGAAAUCCUGCGCUGGUCGACGCACCGAAUAGCGCAGCUUACGGAUUUCGUUUCGAUGGGAAACGCCGUUUCAAUUUCAGUUGAAUUAUUGCCAAUAAUUGAAU